AUGCAUAGCUGCAGUAGUGAUAGUGAGUCAGAUGUUGGUAAAUCCCCACCAAGAAAGAAGAAAGUAGUGAGAUACGAGCAAAAAUUUAUUGACUCUUGGCUCAGCGACGAAAAGUUUAGUGGAUGGCUCGCAAAAAGUAAAAAAGGUAACACUUAUUUUUACUGCUCUGCAUGCGACUGUGAUCGUAAAUGCGGAAUUCAAGAAUUGACGAGACACAAAAAUUCGUCAAAGCACCAAGCAAACUGUAAAAAAAUACAAAAGCAACCUAAGCUUACAUCUUUGUUCGCAUCGACAUCAAAAUCACAGGAACCGCAGCAAAUGGCAAAAGUCGGCGAAAUUAAACUAGCAUGUUUUAUUGCGGAACACAACCUUGCAUUUAAUGUUGCCUCACAUCUGACUAAUUUAAUAAAAUCGGUGUGUCCAGAUUCAAAAACUGCUGAAUAUUUGUCUAUGAGCCGAACAAAAGCAAGAGCUAUUGUAGUAAAUGUGACAGGAAAAACCGCUGAAGAAAACUUGAUAAAAAAUUUAAGGGAAAACGAGUUUGCAUUGCUGGUAGAUGAGAGCACUGAUAAGUCGACAAUCAAGCAUUUAGCUUUAAUAGCGAGGCUAGUCAACACAAAUUAUGAAGUGGAAGAUAAAUUUCUAACUGUAAUACCGAUCACCGACGGGUCAGCUAAAGUUUUGUACCAAAAAACUGUCGAAUAUUUUAAUGAGAAAGAAAUUCCAUACAAAAAGAAUUUGUUAGGAUUUGCUUCUGAUGGCGCCAAUGUCAUGUUCGGGGGGAAUAACUCAAUGAUCACUCAUUUGAAGAAUGACAUACCUAAUAUUUUCACCAUGAAAUGUAUAUGCCAUUCAUUUGCGCUUUGCGCAUCUCACGCAUGUGAAAAAUUACCGAGGGGUCUUGAAGAUUUUUGCCGCGAAGUUUUCAAUCACAUCCAAAAUUCACCUAAACGCAUCGGUGAUUAUAAAACUUUUCAGGCGUUUACAAAUAUUAGAGAAGUGACUGCGAUCGCAUUCACUGCUACUGUUCACCUAUUACUCACAAAUCAUUUAGGUAGCUGCUACUCGCUUCUGCACGAAAGAGUGAAAAUAUCACUGUUUAACUUAACUGCGAAGGCGCGUAUCGCACAUACGUCGCACACCUUGUCUCAUGUCUGCGUACCGUGUACGUGUGCGACUGCAAUACUUCGAUGA